UUUGCAAAAGAGAAUGGCUAACAUCUAUAUAAAGGUCUCCACAAGUAAGGAUGAUCUGAUUAAGUGUUUGCAGCUUAAACAUAUUAUAUCAAUCUUCGACGUGCUCUUCAUUCGUUGUCAUAAAAAAGAAUAAAAUGAAAGUGUUACUUGUGAUCUCGGCCAUAGUGUCGAUUGUUAGUGCUGGUGUUGGACCAAUCGUGAUCAUACCAUCAACGUCCACACUCCUACGAUCACCACAGCGUGAUUCGGCCAUUGUUCAAUCGGAACGAUUAGGUGGAAAUUUUGCAUAUGCCAUUGCUGAAGGACAAUCAUUUCAAACAGUAUCACCUCUUAUAGCUAGUAAUCUUCGUGCUAUUGAUAAUUUGGGUGUUUCAUAUGCCAUCAAUCCGUUCCCAAUAUUGACGGCCCCAACAACAAUCUUGCUUCAAUCACAGCCAACAUCAGAAGAAGAACAACGCGAACAGCAAAAAGCAAAGGAUUUAUUGCAAAAGCAAAGAGAUGAAUUACAAGAGGCAUUGGAUCGUCAACGUGAAGAGGAUGAACGACAAUUGCAAGAGGCCGUUGAUCAACAAAAUCUAUUAAAUCAACAAGCAUUGGAGCAGCAAAAACAAUUAAUUGAAUUACAACAACAAUGGCAACAGGAACAACAAAAUAUAAUCGCCAGUGCGGGCGGUGUCAGUGUGCCUGGAAUUUCGAUUGUUCCAGCUUCACCAAGCAACAAUAAUGGCGAUAAUCCACCAAACAAUAAUAGUAGUGACAACGAGGACAACAAUGAAAAUAAUAGCAAUAACAAUGGUGAUGAUAAUGAAGCUGUAGUCGUGGAAAGCGAUGCAAUCGCAAAAGAUCAACAACAGCAGCAACCUGAAUCCGAUCAAGCAAAAAAUCAAUAAUGAUAAAUAAAAAAAAAACAUCGGCAGGAAACUAAUCCAAGCACAGCAACAUAAUUAAAUAUACCAAUGAAGCGACAUAUAUCUUUAGCAUAAUUCAAUUUCAAAUGGGCAUAUAAUCUCUCGGUUCGGAUUCUAUGUGAUUUUGAAAAGAAAGCGGCUUCCUUCCCCGAAUGACGCAAUAUUUAUCUGUUUGUUUGCCUUUUAUUUCUUUUCCAAUGCAAUAAACUACAAAAAAAAACACACACACAAUAUUUUUAAAAAUCUGAAAUCUAAACCAUUUGAAGCACACAAAAUAAAAUGUGUUUUGUACGAAAUUUAUUGAAUUAAUUAGUAUGCUACUCACUGUA